UGAACUAUUGGGAGAGAAAAAAAAAAGGGACAGUGAUGCGAGAUGCAUACUCGAGAAUUUUCUUGGUGUCUCUGGAUUUGCCAUGUAUUCGCAUGGUUCCCACCAAUCAGCAACCGGGGAUGCGGACUGCUAUAGCUCAAUCGGAAAUUUCAUGUCUGGUAGAUGGCGCCCAGCCACGAUAGUGGGCGUUGUUCAACAGGCUUUUUGCCCAUGAGUUAGUUCGGUGACUUUAAUUUCGUGUGCGAUCGGGGAAGUCGAGGUCGAUUCCUCUCAUGAGGCCCGAGGAGCCGUACCGAUCCGAUCUCCGAUCUGAUGGUCGUGCCACUGCGUUCUCGACUGUUCCUCGCUCGAAGGUCGUUCACUGGCUUUGUCUAGUCGAGAUGUGUUGUCGUAUGCCUGUAAUUUCCAGAGACUAAAGGCAAUCUCCAUGGUCGUAGUGAUAGUCCGUCUGGCGAGGUCCGUUGCUGGUUUCCCCUUUGGAUGGGUAUGGCCGUUCCGAAAAAGGCUUCCCCCGAGUGGUGCUUUUGUUGUCCUGGAUCCCAGCGAUGUCCCCUCUGAGAACAUACCACGCCCCCUACCUACCAACCAUAUCCAGGCUCAAAUUUCUUUUCUUUAUCCCAUCGCUGGAUAGUGUUCCUCAUCUCAUAUUUUGCGCAUCGCAAUGGCCCAUCAACACAAGCUGAUAGGCAUUCGAAUCGUGUCCACAACUGGAAUACCACUUUGAUGCACACCCCAACUCGAGAACGAGGAGGCAUCGAGCCGCCGUGGAGCCAGAACAUUGGGAAAUCUGCCCGAGAGAUCAAUCGGACACAUCGAAAUUGUGUAUUGCUUCGAUGGGCAGACCUGGCUAGAGGCACGAUGAGUUGGGGGAAAAGAUGAUGGCUUUCUGGGCUCGGAUCGAGACACGAUGUCAGGGUCGACGCACAUCGGUCCAUCGGCAGUCGACGAUGCCCAAACAAUGAUGCGUAUCAUUGAACUUGCACAAUAGCGAUCAUGCUCAUGUUGGAUGAAUCUCUCAGAUAAGAACCAGGAUUGAUGUAAAUCCAGCCCACCGCAUCUCACAAGGGGAAAAGAGGUUUCCUGUGGAUUCUCUGCAGGCUUGAAAGCAUCUCACUACUUGAUGCGAAUGCCUCGGGGGCGAUUCAUAUUGGAUCGGACGGAGUCGAAAACCUCAACGAGUCAACUUACUUUCUUAUCAGUCAGCGUCCUAGUCGUCUCGAAAAAUCCAUAUCACCGCGACGUUCAAUAAAUUUGGAACAUCCAGAAGCAUCCUCAAUGGCAACCUCGGCUUCAUUUGAGGAUGGGCGGCACAUUUUCAGCCCUGAGAAACCGUACCGACCGAAGCCCCCACGAGUCGAAGACACGAUUCCGAGACCUCCACAAAACAAAAUUGCAUGCGAGAAAUAAUUAUUCGAUGAUAUAUCGAACGGAAUAUGUGAGAGCCGUGGCCGUCUUUCGACGCCGUGGGUUGACAAAAGAAGAGGAUCCAGGUGCCUCAAAGCGGAGCAGGUGCAUCAAAUUGGUGCAUAAAGAUUGAGCUUUCAUCAUUGACCUGGAGAUAUUGUCGUCUUCAGUGAGAAAUCUCCGCCAAACGUGUGUCAAUAUUGUCAAGUUUUGGCUUUUCUGAGGUGGCGACUUCAAUGCUGAGGAUUGGUCCUAUACAACGCAGGCACGGCAUCGAAGCAAUUCAGGGGAAACCGUCUAAGAAGCGAUGCCGGCAGACUGCAUGGUCUGACAUAUCUGAGUGAGCUGAAACUGGGUCGUGGCCGACAUGGGAUAAUAAGCAUCAUGGGAAUGAUUGUUCUGGCGCGUUCGGUGCCAGCGUCAGUGGUCUCAACGACCCUUUGGGCUUUAUAUCGCUUAAAACCGAAGUCCAGAGUCAGAGACAAUCUCACCCGACAUGCGUCCUUCUCAGAUGUAGUGUAACAGCCACGAUUGCUAAAUGAUCAAAUCCAAUGAUCUUGGCGAUUCCACUCGAGGAACAGGGUUCCAUGCCAUUUUUUCGCGCUGGUUUCAAGGUCUAAAGCGAUAUGAGUUAUCGUGUCCAGCUUUUAUGUACGUGACGGUGCAUCAGGUGCACGUUAUUGGAACUUGUGAGGAAUCCGGAUUUCUCGUUCUGGCGAGGGCCGCUCUUGCGCACGUUGGCGUGAGACAACGGCCCUUUCUGAACCAGGCCCAGUCCAACAACUGCUUUGAUGCCUUUGACUGUCGUUCCUUCCAUGCAGAUAUUAGCAAUACAUUUUUUCGAAAUGUUCGCGGCGGCUUCACUCCGGAGCUGGGAUGGUGGCUUUGCGUCCCCCAGAAUCACACCUGCACAGCGAAACCUUCAGCGAUAAUUCGGAAGGUAGGAAGGGAGGCUCCAAAAAGUAUCCAUGGGCCUAUGCUGUCAAUUUUCCGAAAUACCUGCGGGCUGAGCUUGUUGUCGACACUCGUUACUGCACUGCUCGGUGACAUCGCCCCUGGCUGGAAACCAAUUGGCAUUCACUUCAAAUACGACAAUAUGUUCAGUCAUCGACCUUCAACCAUUUUGGAAGGAAAAUGCGAGAAAUACCCAUCCUUUUGGCACAUCUUCUGGCCUGACUGAACGCGAACACUUUAGCUUGUGUCUUGCCGUCACCAUAGCGUCGUUGCCCCAUCCAAGUUCCUACAUGGUGGAUUCGGCACCUCAUGAAUUGGGACAGCUGCAGUCACAGCUUCAGAACCUUCAGAAACUAGAUUCUGUGGGAGCCAGCCGCCCAGUAUCCUUGCUGCUGCAGUGACGAGGGACAAGACUUAUCCCAGGGGCGACGGUCCAACCUCAGUGCGACCGGGUGACUCCAUUGGUAGCUUUAGGGCUGUUUUGGAAACUCGCUAGAGGAGGUCCGCCCGUCUCGAAGACUGACUUAGCAGUUGCCAAUCGAGAACGGCCUCUGCGUUUGGCAGGAGGAACGAGGACGGCGCCUUGAAUGGGCAAAAUCAGCUUGCUCGGCUAAGGAUGUAGUGAACUAGAACUACUCCAUACCGCCGGAGAAUAAUUCCGCAGGGGCGAUGUAGCGCCUCAAAAGCCCCAUAGAUAAACUUUCCACAUGCCGUGCGCUUGGGCUACAGUGCCAGGAAAUAUGCCGAUCGUUGGAGGGAGAAACCAAUAGGGAGAGCUUCACCGAAUCGACUUGAGGUGAUUCUAGGACGCGUCAAGCAGUGCUAUCGUAGCGAGAAGUCGUCGCGGCCGCUUGAGACAAACCACCGCGGUGCUUCUCUUCUUUUUCUUCUUCUCCGCACUUUGGUGCGGAGAGAGAAAGUUUCGGUUGCGGAGUAGCUCGUCACCCUAUUCCAAUACCCUUCGGACGAUUGAAGCAGAAGUGUCACAAACCUUUAAGCAUCUUUGAAAAGGUAGGAAUGUUCCUGAUAUUUGGUUGUGGAUUCUAGGUGUGCCGGCCACACGAGAACUUCCAUAUCUCCAAGCGCAAUCACCUGCUGCAAUUUCAAGACAAACACACCAGGUGACUUCCAAGCUCAGUCCCGUCACUCACCACCUUGUUCUUCGCUGGACAUAACAUCAUAUCCUGUUCGCGUGUGUGCGACAUUUGAUAUCUCGUUGACCAUGCUUCAUCACGCCAAUUUGGUUCCACCAAUAAUUCAAGUGUUGCAACAGCCCUGCCGGGACCAUCCAGGACUUGCAUGUGCAACCUAGCUCACGGGCUCUGUCCAGAAAUCAUAUUUGCGCGUUCGGGAUCUGCUGUUUUAUACGAAUCCUCUUGCUCGAGGUCCAAUGGAUGUGACACCCCCGAUUCUUCUCGCCCACCUUCGCUCGGGAUUUCCCCGCGCCACGCUAGCCCGCAUUCACCUUUUGCCGACCGGAGGACUUGCAAACUAUCGGAAUUUGUUUCCGAGCCCUAUUUUGUGGUAAAAUUAUUUCUUGUCUAUCUCUCGUCGUAUUUUGGUGACAUGAAAAGGACUUUGGUAUCCAAAUCAACAGCCAAUUGAUCUCGAAGGGCUCGACACCUCUUUACUCGGUCCCAUUCGUAGCCUGAGAUGGGUUCUUUAUUCAGCCAGAUCGCAUCUUUCAUUAGACAUCCUGCCCGUUUCGGAGGACCAAAUGCAUCUAGGCUCGCGCCGGUUCCCUCUCCUAGUACUGACAACACCAUUGAAUAGCCUUAUUCAUCCUCAUUCCCGUUCUUGAAAGGAUGAUCCAACAAUGUUCUCAAGGUAUCUGAUCUUAAGGUUAGUGCUCCGAGAUUCACGGGCAAUCAACAAGGCACCCGGCAUACUUAAUUUGGAAGAUGGUACCUAUCGAGCUGAGCCAGUAUGUACCUGGAUAAUUCAUGGGAUGCCUAAUCUAGCCAAUAUGCAGACAAGCCAAUGUCACGAUCGAUGUACAGCUUUCAACAUUAUGGUCUUGAUUCAAAGGCCCAGACCAAAAUAUAGAAACGGAACAGACGGAUGACCUUCCUCGACUCGUUUUUUUUUGAAGGAGAUGGAUCUUCCAAGUACGCUGUGAUGGUGAAAUCAGGUGGUAUAUAUCUGAAGCGGGUCGUAGCACGUCCAAGGCCCGAUGCCUGCCCGGCAGUCCCAUUACAUUCAUAGUGAGAAGAUUCAACAAUUUCAAACCAGAACAUAAACCUUGGAAAAGCCUAACACGCAAAUUAUCUCGUGAACUGCAACGCAAAUGUAAUCUAUCUUGCCAAGCUCUUACCCAUAACUUGGUCGGUUGAUACCUGAGGCGACAAGUAACGUGAGACCACGUGAUGCAGCCGUAUCUUAUCGGAGGUUCUUGAUCCACCUGAUGCCCCCGGUGUCGAAGCCGAAACAAUCUCCAAAGAAGCUCCCAAUUCGCCCUCGGCGAUGCAGUGAAGCUGAAAGAUGUCUCUGCGUGGGCCCAUGCGGCGGUCCCACUUGCGGCAGGUGAGCGCCGCAAGCUUAGAGACCCUUUCAACGGCCCACUCAAUGGAAACAUCCCAUCGCGACCACGGCCCCACGCUGGACGAGAGCAUUGUCCGGAUGUCGACCAGCUUUGCUCGGCGGCAAUGCACACUAUGGGUUCACGAUGAAAUGUUCUCUCGGGAAGAACUCCUGCUCAAUCCCUCGGCACUUGGCGAAAGCGGAAUUCAAGUCGGUGAUAUUGUGGAAAUCCUGCCCGUUCGCGCGACUGGGGAUCCCGCCCAUUCCAGCUUGAAGCCCGAUUCCGCUGUCAAGACAGCUCGCGACAGCCAUAACGAUCUGAACCCGUCAUCUAAAAGUGACAGUACCUCCAAAUUCAAGACCCCGCUUCAAAGCCGAUGUUUGUUCGUGGUCAAGCCGUUACCACAAGACAUCAGAACUCGACAUCCCAAACUGGAGAUUUCAGUGACGAGCAGCGUCGCAAAUAUCUUUGGCUUUAAGAAUCGGACUCAAGUGCAUCUUUCAAUUGUUGAUCGGAAGAGCUGCGCUGCAUCCCAUGUAGAUAUCGCUUUUCGCGAUCAGUACAUGGUUCGUUCGGAUAUGUGGCGAUUGGUUGAGUCGGAGCUCGUGGACAAGAUUGUCUACAAGGGACAAAAGAUCAUGUUCAUGGGCACUAUUAAAGCGACCGUCAAGAACAUAUUCAUUCGAGAGAAGAAGGUGCUCUCUGGCUAUUUUGCGCCCAACACCAUCCCCGUCUUCCGCAGUGAGUCGGCCAAGUAUGUCCUGUUCAUCCAGAUGUCUCGAGAGAUGUGGGACUUUGAUUCUGAGGGAUCCGGGGAUAUUUUGUUCAGCCGGGUCAUCAAUGGCUUCUUACCAGAGCUAUUUAAAAGAUGGGCCAAUUCUGAUGCCAAGCAUUUGGUCACUAUCGUGCUGUUUACCCGCGUCGAGUACGAUGCAUCUGCCCAUCCUGGGUUGUCCAAACUCAACAGCGGGGGCAUGAAAACCCAUUCCGGUCCGAAUCAGGUCCCGACUCGAGACUUUUAUCGCGUUGUGGUGAAUGAUAUGGCAAGCGGUCACUGGACGACGAUUUUGGAUGAACUGAAAAAGAAUUUUCGAAUAUUUCUCAGAGAUGUCUCCAUCUUGAAAACAGAUGACGUGGAGGUUUUGGCUGGAAGUGGUAUCAAGUUCUCAGCCAAGCCACAUACGGCAACAAUCGCCGGACGUCCCAGUACAGCCUUGCGAGGCAAUAUUCUGGAGGCUAUUCAUCUUGCUUCCUCUCACCUGGCGUAUGAUCAUAUUGAUCGAGACAUGGUACACACAGGUACAUCGAUCAUUGUCAUAACGCCCGGUAGUGGUGUUUUUGAAGUGUCAUAUGAAUCACUUGCCUCCACGACAGAAGCCUUGGCAAAUCGAGGCAUUGCUAUUGAUCUGGUCUGUUUGAGUCCCAUGCCUCUUCACUCAGUUCCUCUCUUCAAGUAUCGCGAGCCUGUAGAAAGGCAUUCUAGCUCUUUGCCCACAACAAGCGAGAUCCCCAGAAAUAGUAUGUCACCGGAAAUCCACCAUUCCGUAUCCAGCUUGGUCAGCAGAUCAUCCUACCUGUCACCUGGAUCUUAUCUUUCCGCUGCCCGCAUGCGAGAGCGAGGGAAUCUUCGAUCGAGGGACUGGAGUUAUGGAAUUCCUCAUUGGCUUGAUAUCUCCUACUGGAACCCUGAAACAUACCGAGAAGCUCGACGAAUACUGAAGAACGACCCCAAUGCACCCAUUCCGUUUACAGUCACUCGCCCAUCCAAAGCGUUCACGCCGCGGGUACGCAUGUAUGAGAUUCAAAUGAUGGGAGUCAUGGAAAGCGAACAAUCAAACAUUUCGAUUCCAUAUCUUCUUGAAGUGCGUGACAUGCACAGGCGUCGUGGAUCCUGGGUCGGGACCAGCAACGGUGCUCGUGCUACUCCACGGGCACGUUUCGCGAAUUCUUCGUCUCUGAAAACCCAGUACAGUGAAAGCCUGCGGCCAGAGCCAUCCUCAUUUCUGGACAAUAUUACCGAUCCAAGUGAGUUACAGAUCAAGGGCCCACCAAAAUCACGCAAAUCUGUCAUGGCUUGGAUGGAUCAGUAUGAUGAUAAUGUUUUCUCGGCGACGCCAAAACGACGACAAGCCCAGAGGCCAAAGAGUAAGCGCCUCAGUGAGCCUGAAGUCCAAGUUGCUGGCCUGCAUGAACGGAUAUCAGCGCGGUCUAUCUCGCGUCUACGCGAGCAUGAGUCGAAUGCAAGCGAGAACAAUCAAAUCACACGAGCCCGUGGCCCUCGCAAAAUUGAUAUAUCGUCUGCCACUACCCCCAAAAGUCCCGUCACCGCGAAAAGUCCAUCACCGACCAAGCCGGCGUUGAAGCCUCCAACAGCCAUACGACCGCCGUCGAGAAUCUCCCGAACAAUCAGUUUUGCUCUUCGUGGUUUGAGUGCCACCCCGCCGAGAGCCCAAGCCAGCACAGGCGUCCAUGUAGAGCAUGCUAGCGCGGGGCCCAUGUCCAAUCAAAGAGGCUCUUCCAGCACCUUUUCCGACACAAGAAGCAUCACAUCCCUGAGUCCUUCGGAGACUGCCUCGAUCCCCACUAUUAUUGAUGUGUCAUCACGACCAUCUACACCUCCAAGGCUCCAUCAAGAGCCUCGUCCAACUCCCUCCAAGCCGAUUUCCAUCAAGCCUCCGGUUAAGAAGCCUUCAGAAUUAACGGGUCAGUCAGAUCAUGGGGCACCACAGGGUUCAUUGUCCACGUCGGCUGCUGAGGUUCAUUUCAACGAUGAAGUCCGUGAAGAAGGCCCAAUUCGCUCUCGGGAUCAUAGGAUUGAGAUCACUAUCAACCACAGCUCUCGUGAUGGGUCGAUACGAGCCUCGCCAAGCAAAGCCUUGUCUCCCUGGGUUCGAUCGGUCAAUCCAUGCAACACACCCAAGGACGUGCUUCGUGACACAAGCUGGUUUGGUCGUUGGCAACAUGCAUAUCCACGUCCUCCGCACGUGGCUGUGGUUAAAUGGAAGAGCUUGAAGUCUCCAGCGGUAUUGCCGUUGACUACCGAGGAGUUUCCCACGGCGGCUGAACUUGCUUCUGACUACUUGCAAACCCCUUAUCGUGUCUUCCCAAACGACGACGCUGACGUUUUUGAGUCUCCUAAGACCCGUGGUGUUCUAUUGCGGGAGAUGAUUUCACUUCGACUUUCUCAUGGCUUCCAAAUUAUUGUCGGCAAGACCGUGGCUGAGGUAACCGCGCGACCUGCUCUCGAGUCCUUGAAUGUGUUUGAUACACGGGGUCUAGAACGAGAUGGCGAAACUGUGUUCCUGUCAAAAGGAAACGCAAUUCAUCGUCUCAUCUGCAUUGAUGGUGGAGAGAUUGAGGUGACACGCUUCACACAUCAAGCCGCCGCGUCACUCGCUUUCCCCAAGCGAGCAAACAUCAUGCUUUAUCAACCCGCCAUGAGAACUAUCUUGAGUCCAGAAUAUGAGAUCAAAGACAUCAGGCUGGACCCGACCGCAGAGGAAUACAACUGGAACUAUGCCGACAAUUACGUGGCAGGUCAUCGUGAUUACCUUCACAACCCGGCCCAGCAGCUCCAUUUCUGGCGGAUUCGCUACGUUUUGAUCCCGAUGAAUUUGCAUACCAAUUCCCGGCGUCACUUGCACUCUUUCAAUGAAGACAACGAGGAGGAAAUCCACCUACUUGGAAUCAGCCAGCUCACCCAUAUCUGGCAGCGACACAAGUAUGUGUCACCCGAGGAGAAGCGGUUCGAAACUUCAACCAAGAAGAGGGACGUGAAUCCGCUCAAUAUCAUGUAUCAAACACGAAACCCGUCAGAGGUGGUUGCUGCAGAGCUUGAUCGACUCUUGCUCACGGACCCUGGACUUGAUAACCCGCCGGCUCAGCUUCUACCCGAAUCAGAACUGCUCGAGCGAUCCAGCAUUAAUUUGUCCAACUUUGCACAAAUCAUCCAGGGCGACAAGGGUGUGCGAAUGAUGGACAGAAGGUGGCAUUGGCGGUUGCACUACAACUGCUUCAUUGGAUUUGAAUUCACUACUUGGUUGUUACAAAACUUCCGCGACAUCGACACACGCGAAGAAGCAGUUGGAUUUGGCAAGGAGUUGAUGAAGCACGGUCUGUUCCAGCACGUGGAGAAACGCCAUAAUUUCCGUGAUGGCAACUAUUUCUACCAGAUUUCUGCCGAAUAUCGAGUGACCCGCCCGGAAUCUCGCGGUGGCUGGUUCCCUCAACUCCGAGCCGAUAAGUCGAUGCCGUCGACGCCUGCGAUUGGAAACGUGAAGGACUCUCCGUCCAGUUUCCACACUCGUUCGGACAGCACCGAAGACCGAGUACCACCUACACCGAACACCCCGUCCAAGGUCAAGAACAAGGUAGCUAUCAUGCUGUCCAAGUCGCUCAAAUAUGAUGUGGACAGUCGGAAACGAUCGAAUCGCCCAGAAGUUAUCGAGCUCCAUUAUGAUCGGCUGCAUAAUCCUGAAAAUUGCUUUCACAUUGAGCUCAGCUGGAUGAACACAACCCCGAAGCUGAUUGAAGAUACUGUCCAUUCGUGGGCUUCCACCGCUGAGAAAUUCGGUCUCAAGUUGGUUCAAGUGCCAAUCGCGGAAGGAUGUGCCAUUGACAGAACCCAGCCCUUCCGCAAGCCAUUCGAGAUCAAGCUGAAAGUCCCUCCUCCCAAGGGUCCCGUUCACACCGUCUUCAACAAUGCGUCAUUCGCGCAGCCAGGGCCACCGGACAAUCUGUACUACCAGAAAGCCCUCCUGCGAAAGUUUGACUUUGUUCUGGACUUUGAAGCAUCCUCUGCGUUCCCUGCAGACGUGGAGGCCUCAUACUCCUGGGGCAAACCCGACUACAAGUACCCGCAGUUCAUCCAUCGAACGGGCAGCCUCAUCGCCCAGAUCACCAACGAGGGCCAUUUCUUGCUGCUGGCAAAUCGACUCGUUAGUACGCGUAGUGCGGCCAGCCGAGACGCAGGCCGUUACGAGCAUCACAAUCGGCCGGACUACCGCGGUCGCACCACGACGCACGAUGUCCUAGAUCGCAUCUCACCACGUCUGUCGCCGCUUACCCGACCCGUCCUCGAUAUUGGCAGUCCCCUUCCACAGCCCGGAUCAAAAGACAUCGACUCGGCAAAUCUCUACCGGGCCCCCGAGCACUUCCUCAAUGGCUUGCUGGAGUUCUGCAAUGACGCCGCACAGUUAGAGCAAUUCUACAGCGAGUCGCACGUCCGACCAGUGUCGACUAAGGUUGAACCCACCACGGCACACUUGAUGGAUACAUCAAUUCCUUCUCUGGAGCUCCCCGCCAGUGUGGUUAGUCACCACAUUUCGCCUCCUCCCGGCUUGCCGUCGCGAGUGACCCGAGAGUCGCGGGAUAGUCGGGACGGGCUGAUGUCGCCGGAGAUUGCACGGGCCCGGGCUCGGGGGGAGAGUCUUAGCUACAAGGGUAGUCCGCGGAGUGGGAGUUUGCGUCCUUUGAUUUGAAGAGUUUGACGCGCUGGCGUCUUGCAAAUGGUCCCGGCUCGAAGCCUGAGAAGGACCCCUGUAUACCCCCUGUUGUUAUACUAGUGUAGCUUUGUAGCUUAGCUUCUGUCUAAUGUGAUGAAUAUAAUAACCCAAGUAUAGAUCAACAGUAUUUUGAGCUGCAGAAUGCUAACCAAGAUAAUAAACCAUGAACUAAACAACCAACCCCAUCAUCCCAUCUAUGAC